GAGUGCCGCGCUGCAUAUCGUACUCAGGUUUUUUUUUCUUUUUGGUGGGGGCGCACCCCAUGUCUAAUGCUUUGCGAACGAUCGGGUCUCUGCAUGAGCCUUCCCCGCACACUGGAAAGUAGAGCACACAAGACGAUAGAUUAAGACGGCCGUGCUGAAGCUCCGUAUUUGUCUCUAACUCUCACGAAACUUCCUGCAACACAUAGCCACUCAAACAACGAAGACCUUUUUUCCUUCUCUUUUUAUUUAUCUCGUUAAACGUUGGUACGCCUCACUUUACAACGGCGGUUCAGCCGGAGCAAACAAGCAAGCAAAGCAAAAUAUGGAGCAGAGUAUUGUGAAUUUGCACGACUACGUCUCUGCCUCGUCGUGGCGGAAGCGGGACCAACUCCGCGGCCUCCUCAGCAACCAUGCCGACCUCGUCAUGAGCUCCGUCCCCCUCGCCGCCCCGGGCGUCCUCUUCGGCUCUGCUCAAAUCGCGCUGCACAACAGCGAGAACGCGGCGGCGCUUGCUCUGUGCCCCCUGACCGGGUCGAGCGCGGUGGGCCUCCUGCCACUCGAAGAGUCCGUGCCCUCGCUAAGCGCCGUGCCGCGCAUGCGGUGGCUCGACCUGGCGGACGACGCGCGCACCUCCGCGGUGGCGUGGUGCGAUGAUUUGCUGUUUCUAGGCUCCAGCCGGGGCCGCGUCUUGGUGUGCGACGUCACCGCCGAGAGCUGCCGAGAAAGCAGUGGGCUGCUUGCACCGUCAGGGGCGUUGCUCACUGGACCCGCCGAGCCAGCUGUGUCGCAGCUCACCGUUUCUCCAAGCGCGCCGGCCGCCUCCACCUCCGUCCGCUGCGUGUCGGUCAACAGGGAGGCAAAGAACAGCGUGUUGGCUGUCAAGGGCACGUCGGCGUACAUCUGGGAUCUCGCCGGGGGACCGAUGCCCGUCCAGCAGUGGAGCCCGCACACGCAGUCCGACGCGGCGACGCCCGUCACUUUUGCGACGUGGGCCCCGUCGAGCGCGUCUGUGGUGCUCAGCGGCACCUACGACGGCAGCGUGAUGCUCGUGGACGCGCGCAGCUCCAGCGAUGGCAACGCCGUCGCACUGCCGUCGCGUCGUGCCGGCGGCCUGCCGGUCGUGGCGCACGGCGCGGACUUCAACCCGCUUCUCCCCGCGUUGCUGGCGCUGACCGGCUCCGACGGCGCCUUCGCCGUGUACGACGCCCGCUACCCCGCCCGGGCGGUGUCGGUGGUGACCACGCUGCAAGGGGACGCCGUGCGGCUGCGGUGGUGGCGGCACAACGCCGACUUGCUGACGACGGCGGGCUCGGACGGGUCCGUCGCGGUGUGGAAUCUGCGCUGCCCGCCGUCCUUCUGCGUUGGCCGGGCGCAGUACUCGCUGCCCAUGUCUGACCUGGCGAUGACGGAGACGUACACGGAGCAGCGGGCGGUGGCGCUGACCGUUGGCGGGGAGCUGUCCAUGACCGGGCUGCAGUCCGAGGCGUUGAUGGGCCUCGCACCGGGCUUGAACUACGACGAGGCGGAGAACGAUACGAAGGCACGCGCGGAGGUGGAGGCGGUGGCGGCGACGUCGCCAGUGGACGAGGCCGCCUUCCGCAAGGAGGAGCAGGAUGCGUGCGGCUUCCUUUACCUUCGCCAACUGAGCAGCGCGUACCGGAUGCUGUCGCGGUGCGCGAGUCGGCGGCUGGCGCUGCACCAGACCGGGCUGGCGAUGCAGCUCGUCUCGCACAUCGACGUCGUGCGUGUGCCGCCGUACGAUUACGCGGCUGCGGUGCGUCAGCUGCACGACGCCGCGGAGGAAGAGAGCGACUUCGCGCAGGUGUUGGAGUCCAACGGGUGGUCGUACGAGGCGAUCCGUCAGCAGUACGAAGCGAGCGUGUUGCACUGCUCCUCGCACUUAUCGACUACGACUGCCUUGAACCGCAUUCGGUCCGUCGACAAGCCGAACCCGGCGGAUGUGCAGUUGCUGGAGGCGCUGCGGUUAAAUGUGCUGCUGCACCGCGUGCUGGACUCCGAGGAUGUGGACCAGGUCAUGGUGGGCGUGCGGAGUGCGCUGGGGCUCAUCGUGACCCACCCCGGCAUAUCCGACCUGAUCGACGUGGAGGCCGUGGGGUUGAUCAUCCGACUUCUUCUCCGCAGGAGCUACGCGGAGGGCGAGAAGUUCGUGCUUUUUCUGCUGUCGCAGCUUCGCACAGACGGCACCGAGAGCGGCGUCUCAUACAAGCUGCUGCGGGCCGCCAUGAGCGCUGCGCAGGAGCCGUCCGUGACGAUGGGCAUUCAAAGCCGCCCGGCGCGUCGCUUCGUCGAUCGCUUCUACCGCGACAUGAACGCCGCGAAGGACGCCAUCGUGACGCAGCUGCACAUCCAGCGUCUCGGGGUGGAGGACUAUCCGGCGGUGAUCACCAUCGUGAACAGCUACCAAGAGCGGUGCAUCCAGAAGAACCUGCCGGGCAUGUUCGGCUGGGUCGCUUUGAAGCCGCUGCUGCUCUUCCUCCACUGCCUGACGGCGGACUCGAACUACGUGACGUUCUUUUGGGCGGCGGUGCAGUACAUCGAGGCCUUUGCGCUCUUCCCGGGCGUGCGGGAGGUGGAGUCCGUCCUCUUCGCCGUGGUGGAUCGCAUCCACGCCGCGGCGGCAAAGAUCACCAACGACCUCGACGCGCUCGCCGAGCACACCCGCUUCUCGAUUCCGCUGCUGCGGCAAGUCGACAACACCCUCGGCACCACCCAUAGCUUCUUGACCGUGCUAAUCCGCGUGCAGCUCGAGUGCGAGAACGUCGCGCUCGCACGCCACAUGCAGAAGAUGCCUCCGGUGAUGGCGCAGGUGCAAGACGUGCUGAACUCCGCGUCGGAAGACGUGCUGGACGCGUGGGCCGGCGUGGUGGAUGCGCUGCUCGACAUGGACCAGCCUGACCUGCUGCGGAAGUAUUGUCUGACGACGGUGCGCAAGUUCUCGGAGCAGAUGGAGGAUUUGAUGGAUGUAUCCUCGAAGGGUGAGUCUGAUGAGCGGCUGAACGAAAUCCUCGACGUCUGUGACGACUUCUUUAAAGCCGUGGGUCGCCGCAAAGCAUCGGCGAGCUAA